AUGAUGCGACGCGGAAAAGCGUUGCUGGAGGGCAGCAGGCAAGGGUCGGUCGACGGCAGUAAUGUGGGUAGUGACAAGGAGCUGGUGCACAAGUGUCACAGUGACCCAGGCGGGGGCAGGGCCCUCGGGGCCAAUCCUAGGGUGCACAGGCACAGGUCCGCCUCAGGGGCGCCGAGGAAAUGCGUCCUCACAUUGGAUGGGUACUCUUAUGUCAUAGGACGAUCUAUACCAUUUCGCGUCAUAUUGAACUGA